UCGGAGUGCGGCAAGAGCUUCACCAGCUCCAGCAGCCUGCUGCAGCACAACCGCGUGCACUCCAGCGAGAGGCCAUUCACCUGCUCUGACUGCGGCAAGAGCUUCAAGACGGCGAAUCACCUAAAGAGACACCGGCGGACGCACACGGGCGAGAAGCCCCAUAUUUGCUCCAUCUGCGGCAAGAGCUUUACCGAAUUUGUUGUGCUACGGCGGCACUGGCGGGUGCACAAGGGCGAGAAGCCAUAUGGCUGCUCUACCUGCGGAAUGAGCUUUACCUGGUUGUCGGCGCUGCGGGAUCACCGGCGGGUGCACAGCAGUGAGCGGCCCUUCACCUGCUCUGACUGCGGCAAAGGCUUCAAGUCGUCGCCGGACCUGAAGCAGCACAGGCGGCUGCACACCGGGGAGCGGCCCUACACCUGCAGUGACUGCGGCAAGAGUUUCAUCAGCUCCAGCGCCCUGCUGAAGCACCAGCGCACCCACACCAGGGAAGGCGAGCGCCCCUACACCUGCACCCAGUGCGGCAAGGGCUUCACCAAGUCCUCUCACCUGCUGGAGCACCAGCGCACCCACACCGGCGAGCGCCCCUACACCUGCGCCCAGUGCGGCAAGGGCUUCUCCCGCUCCAGCACCCUGCUGUCCCACCAGCGCAUCCACACCGGCGAGCGCCCCUACACCUGCACAGAGUGCGGCAAGGGCUUCCCCCGCUCUGACAGCCUGCUGUCCCACCAGCGCAUGCACACCGGCGAGCGUCCCUACACCUGCACCCAGUGCGGUCAGGGCUUCAUCCACUCCUCCAGCCUGCUGUCCCACCAGCGCACCCACACCGGGGAGCGGCCCUACACCUGCAGCGACUGCGGCAAGGGCUUCACCCGCUCUGACAGCCUGCUGUGCCACCAUCGCACCCACACCGGCGAGCGCCCCUACACCUGCGCCCAGUGCGGCAAGGGCUUCACUCAGUCCAGGAACCUGCUGGUUCACCAGCGCAUCCACACCGGCGAGCACCCCUAUACUUGCGCCCAGUGCGGCAAAGGCUUCACCCAAUCCUAUCAGCUGCUGGUGCACCAGCGCACCCACACCGGU